GAAGAGAGACAAGCACGACUCGAGCAAAGCCAACCGAGGCCCAACCCUGCAACAAGUAUAUCGAGCUUUGCAAGCGCAAGUAUAGCAAUAUCACCAUGGUCGGCGCGCACAACUCACCCUUCGUGAGACCUGGAAACGCCGCCUCUAACCAAGAGCUUCCCGUCCGGACGCAGCUCAACGACGGCAUCCGCUUCAUCCAGGCGCAGAUUCGAUGGCCGACUAACGGAUUGGUGCCGCACUUCUGCCAUACGUCAUGCGAUUUGCUCGACGCUGGCCCUAUUACUGAGUGGCUCACCGAGGUGCGAAAAUGGGUAGACGAGCAUCCCUACGACGUCGUCACCAUUCUCCUCGGCAAUGGCAACCGUUCUCACCCCGACCUCUAUGUUCCAUACAUUCAGCAGACGGGUAUCCUUAAAUAUGCUUACCACGCUCCCUACCUCCCUAUGGCCCUAGACGAUUGGCCCACUCUGGAGGAGAUGAUCAUCAUGGGCAAGCGAGUCGUUAUGUUUACCGACGACGUUUCUGAUCAGAAGAAGUACCCCUGGCUUCUGGACGAGUUCAGUCAGGUGUGGGAGACGCCCUUCGACCCCCUGGACCGCGAGUUCCCCUGCACAGUCCAGCGUCCCCCAAACCUGAGAGAGAAGUCCGCCAAGAACCGUCUAUACCUCCACAACCACAACCUCAACGUCGAGUUCGACAUCUUCGGCACCAAGAUUCACGUCCCGGCCGUGGCGCUGCUCAAAGAGACCAACGCUGUCAGCGGCUAUGGCAGCCUCGGUCUCGCGGCGAAUAACUGCCGGUCAGAAUGGGGCCGGGCGCCCAACAUCCUCAACGUGGACUAUUACAACUAUGGCAGCUUUUGUGGGUCGGUAUUCGAGGUGGCUGCACAGAUAAAUAAUGUCACGUAUGAUCGGAACAGCUCCUGCGGCCCUACGAACCCGGCGCCGAGGUUGGCCCAGGCUUCUUUGUGGGUUACUUUGUUGGUGGCUCUCUUGUCGGCUUACCUAAUAAUCUAGAUAGGAACAGGCAUUUGAUGACUGGUUUGUUAAUCGGAAGCAAU